AUGAAAGUCAGGUCGCUGCCUCUUCGUCGAAGCUAUAGCAUUCGUAACGAUGGCAAGAUCAUAAUCGGAUUUCAUAUCUAUCUAUCUAUCUAUCUAUCUAUCUAUCUAUCUAUCUAUCAAAUAUGUGAUAUCUACACACAUCUUUCUCUCUCUCUCUCUCUCUCGCUCUCUAUCUAUCUAUCUAUCUAUCUAUCUAUCUAUCUAUCUAUCUAUCUAUCUAUCUACACUUAUUCAUAUCUAUCUAUCUAUCUCAUCUUUUCUUUCUUUCUCCUUGCUUCCAUGAUUGAUUCCUUCCUUCCUUCCUUCCUUCCUUCCUUCCUUCUUUCCUUCUAUCUCCUUCCUUCCAUUUUCCUUUUCCUUAAUUCAAUUCUUUCUUUCUCCUUCCUUUCUUCUUUCUUUCAGUUAAUCUAUGAUCACGUUGAGUCAAACUUGGUGUCUCAAUAUCACUCAAUAUCUCUUUCAUUGUCCAUUUAUUCUUGCAUUACUUUUCAUGCAGCAGUAGUUGCAGUGUCGGCAGUAGUCGCAGUAGAAGAUGAUACCGUCGCAGUCGCAAAGGAGCUUUACAUUUUCAACACGUUCUUUCUCAUACGAACUCUUUCCUGCAUGGACCUCUCUGGUUCAUUUUCCCCGAUCCAAUGCCCUGCUCUCCAAGAGAUUACCACGGCGCCUCCAAAGCCGUUUCUCCGGUUUUUCAAACGCGUCUCUCGCUUUACUUAUUCGCAAGCACACCUCGCCAUCAAGGGUUCCAUUCAUGCUUAG